AUGUCGUCGGCUCUCUGCACCGCUUUCCUUCUACUCCUCUCUGCCACGUCAUCGAUCAACGGCGAGCCACCACAACACCUCCAACAUGACGACUUUUUGACGCGCACCGAGGAGAAGCUGACGACGGAUCGCGAUUUCUACGACCAGUGGAUGGAGCUCAUCACUCUUCAGGCACGUUUUCUUUCCGAUUUUUCCCCCCAUUUAAUUUGGGAGAGCGACCCCUCAUUCCAUUCGCUUUAAUGAGAUUUUUUUUUCGGCGCUUUUCGUUGAAAGUGUUGUAAAAGUAGGUAAAUAUUGGGGAGACGAAGCACAGCCUUUCUUCCUCAUCUUCUGAAGAGUUGGUUUGGAGAAACUCUUCUCAAAUGUUUUUGAUUAAUCGUCGCCGCAUCGAACAAGCUGGCCAGUGAGCUCUAGUCACAAUACGAAACGAGAGCCUAAAACCAACGGAAACCUUUCAGCACUCUCAACUGGAAGAGCAACAAACCGACUAUCCCCUGGACUACGUGAUGAAAGAUCUCGGCUCGUGUGGUCCGAAGAAGCUGGCGGUUCCGGCGCUCGACGAUGUUCAUCACCUGCGCGCCGAUUCCGUUCGGUUCUACAGCGAACUCGGACAACUUUCGUCGUACUGUCCCAGCAAUUAUACACAUCUUCAGAAAGGUUAGUGAAGCGAGAGAAGUGGAAACAAUCUCGGGGGGUGAGACGAACGGAUGUUGUACGUAUAAUUGCAUAUUAUGAAGGGAAACGAUGAAGAAGACGUUGAGCAGGUGUUCCGAUCCUCAUCCUCAUCCAUACUCUCCAUCUUUGUAUUUUCCCUGUAAUUAACAGCUCAUCCGGCCUCGCAUAGUUAAUGGAUGUUCUUGUUUUCCCCGGAGACGUGAUGACAUUCAAUUUCAAACUCAAAUGAAUGGCCGCCGUUUGCAGGAAUACUGGGCCCGUGCAAUCUUCGAUCCUCUGUAAUGAGUCUGCCCUCUCUGCCGGCAAUGCUCGAGCUGCGGGGCGCGCAGCUCGACAAAAUUGAGAAUAAUCAGCUGGAUGAGUCGUUGGCCGAUCAAGCACGCGACAUUGGCGAGCACAUUCGCAAAGUGCCCGGCUAUGAGGAGAAGUGGAAGAUGAUUGUCAUUCUGGCGACGAUCCAGGACGGAAAAGCGUCGGAGACCGGGCAGACGGCCGUCGAAGUGCUCGCUGCGAUUGAGGAGCUCGGCAAGCUGGUACCCGAGAAAACGUUCGUUGUGGUGCUGAGAACGUCGGGCAGCGGAAUCUGGAGGGACGCCAGCCAUCAGUCGCUGGCCUGUAGGAGUCAGUUGGCGCAGUGGAAGGUGCAUAAUAAGUUCAACUACAAUUCCGUUUGGGACCAGGUCGAGAUAAUCGUCGAGAAGAACUACCGAAAACCGCGUUUCCACGUGGAAGUUCUUCCUCUUCUCAAAGAUCCUGCACUGAAUAGCCUCCCGGAUGGCGUCGAUCUGAGCGUGCUCGGCUACGACUGUGCUCACUUCUCCGAACGAGGACUCUCUCUGCUUCAUCUGUCCAUUUGGAAUGCUCUUUUCACUCGGAAUGCGGCUCGCGAGUCCCAGUACCGUCCGACGGCCGCUCCGAUCCUUUGUCCGGAUCCAACGUGUCCUUUCUUCCGCACACCUUCCAAUUCGGACAUGUGCAUUUGGACGGGCACCAUGGUGAGCAUUUCAGUAAAGUCAUUACAGUUUCAUUCAUCCCUUUUCAGCCCGAUGACGAAUUCUACUGGGUUGAUUACCUAAUAUUCGUCGGUGUCUGGGUCCUCGUAAUGGUGCUACUCGUCAUGAUCUUCUAUUGCAUUUGUGUCACACGAAGAGUUGCUGCCGAGAAGACAGCAACGAAAGCUUUUGGAGCAAGUUUCAGCUCUAUCAAAUUCAUAGACGAAGAUGUCGUCUAG